AUGUCGCCGGCGCAAACCGACCCCUUCGCGCGCCUCCGCGCUCUCGUCUCCGAAGACGAAUACAUUGGCCCCGCGUCACCUACUUACGCCGCCGAGUCAUCAACCUGGUCGUCCGCCCGGAACCAACGCCCACAAGUUGUCAUCCGCCCGCUUUCCGUCGACACUCUGUCCCGCGUUGUCAAGUAUCUCUCCAGCACAGAUCUGCAGUACAAUGUGCGUUCGCAGGGUUUUGGCUCGGCAUCGGCGCGCGACGUGUUGAUCAGCAUGACGGCGUUUGAUGGUUUCAAGUAUGAUGGCGACAAGGGCACGGUGGAGUUGGGUGCGGGAGCGAAUUGGGCCAAGCUCUAUACCCAGAUGGAGAAGGUGGCGCCCAAGGAGAUGAUCGUCGCAGCGCGCACGCUCUGCAUCGGCGUCGGCGGCAGCACGCUCUGUUCGGGUUUCUCCUGGCUGAGCCACGAGUACGGCUGCGUGUCCGACCCCAGCAACCUGUUGGACGCCGAGCUGGUGCUCGCGGACGGCACCGUGACCUGGGCGUCGUCGCAUCCGGACCUGUUCUGGGCGCUGCGCGGCACCGAGGGCGGCUUCGCCAUCGUCACCCGCUUUCGCUUCGCGGUCAAGCCGUUCCCGGAGAAUGGGCGCAUCUGGGCUGGUCCCAUUUUGCUGCCGAGGGAGAAGGUCAGGGAGGUGGCAAGGGGGAUUGCGAGCAUGUGUGGGCGGGAGGAUGUGCAUCCGAAGGUGUCGCUGUUUUUGUAUGUGAUGAAGAAGGAGUUGCUGAGGCUCCUGGCGGGGGGCGGUGGUGAGGCGGACAUGUUGGUCGUUCAUGCCUAUGAUGGGCUGGGAGAGGAGCACGGGCGGAAAGAGUUCCAAUGGGCGCUGGAGAUUGAGGGUGCGAUUGACAUGACCAUAGGAGGCAUGACGAUGCUUGAGGUGUGCCAACUCCAAGACCGGAUCGGUGACCUCAAAGGAAGCAACGAGCAGUACUGGACGCCCAUGGCUCUGUCGACCAUGACCGAGGAGCAUGUGGUCCGCUCAUUCGAUUGGUGGAAUAAGGUGGCCGAGCAGCCAAGCAGCGUGAGCGAGUUUGGCUUCCUGCUCUUCGAGCUUUUCUCGUGCCGCGACAGCCUCACCUCGCGCGCCUCGUCCGCAUGGCCGCGGCCCUUGGGCUACAAGCACAUGCUGCUCAUCGGUGCCGGGUGCGCUCCCGAGGCCGGUAAGGAGGAGAACGCCAAGGCUCGGGAACUGGUGGAGGUGGAUGGUCCGAAGAUCCUUGGUGAGGCCAGCAAGGAUUACAUGCCGAUUCCGAAUGCGUUAGAGGAGUUCCAUGACAUGAAGCGCGUCUACGGUGGACAUUAUGACACGUUACGAGAGGUGAAGAGAAGAUAUGACCCCCAGGACCGGAUGGGCGGUUGGAUCAGGCCCUGA